UCCAAAGGGACACUUCCUGGAAUGAAAUUGAUCACGAAUAAGGACAAUUGCGGAGAGAAAUUGACACGGGAGCGGCCUGGAGGGAGAGUAGUCGCAUACUUAAACCACAUCAAGACCUGCCAACCCUUUGCUCCCAUGGCUUGCAGCCUCAAAGACGAGCUUCUGUGCUCUAUCUGCCUGAGUAUUUACCAGGAUCCAGUGAGCUUUGGCUGCGAGCAUUAUUUCUGUAGGAAGUGCAUCACCGAACACUGGAACAGGCAGGAUCACAGCUCUCGAGACUGCCCGGAGUGCAGGAGAAUCUUCAGGGAUCCUCUCCUCUCCCCGAGCCUCAAGCUGUCCAAUAUCGUGGAGAGGUACAGCGCUUUCCCGCUGGACGCCAUCCUACAAGCGCAAAGGAACUCCUUCCCCUGCAAGGACCAUGACAAAGUCAAGUUGUUCUGUCUGAACGACAAAUGCCUGGUAUGUUUCUUCUGCGACGAGCCCACACUGCACGAGCAGCACCAUGUCACCAACAUCGACGAAUCCUUUGAAGAAAUCCAGAGAGAGUUGAAAGAUCAGUUUGAAGCUUUGCAGGACAGUGAGAUUGGACAUAAACAGGCACUGCAGCUUCUGAAGCGCCAGCUCUCAGAGACGAAGUCUUCUGCGAAGAGCCUUCGGGCGACCAUCGCGGAAGCUUUCGAUCGCCUGCACCGUUUCUUGAAGGAGAAACAGAAGUCGAUGCUGGAGGAGCUGGAGACCGACACAGCCCGGACGCUGAACGACAUCGAGCAGAAGAUCCAGCGUUACAGCCUUCAGCUGCGGGAAGUGCAGGAGGGAAUGCAGAUCCUGCAGGAGAAGCUUGUUGAAUCGGACAAGCUGCUCUUCCUGGAAGGAAUUAACAUGACUUUAGAGAGGUUAAAGGGGAAGAUCCAUGAAACCAAUCUGACUUAUGAAGAUUUUCCAACCUCCAAGUACAUGGGUCCCCUGCAGUAUACCAUCUGGAAAGCCUUGCUUCAGGACAUCCAUCCAGUACCGGCGGCACUGACAUUGGAUCCCAUUACGGCACACCAGCGGCUGAUCCUCUCUGACGACUGCACCAUCGUGGCUUAUGGUAACCUCCACCCUCAGCCUUUGCAGGAUUCCCCAAAGCGCUUUGAUGUGGAGGUCUCUGUCCUGGGGUCUGUUGGCUUUGACAGCGGCGUCCACUACUGGGAGGUGAUGGUGUCCGAGAAAACGCAGUGGAUGAUUGGCGUGGCGCUAGAAUCCGUAAACCGGAAAGGAAGCAUCCAGAUUCAGCCUUCUCGAGGCUUCCAUUGCAUUGUGAUGCACGAUGGCAACCAGUAUAGUGCUUGCACUGAGCCCUGGACCCGGCUCAAUGUCAAGUCCAAGCUGGAGAAGGUUGGAGUGUAUUUUGACUACGAAAAAGGCCUCCUGAUCUUCUACAAUGCUGAUGACAUGUCCUGGCUGUAUACCUUCCGUGAGAAGUUCAGCGGGAAAUAUUUCCCUUACUUUAGCCCGGGGCAGAGCCAUGCCAAUGGGAAAAAUGUACAGCCCUUGCGGAUCAACACUGUCCGUAUCUGAAAUUAUAUACGAUGGGAUAAAACCAGAGUUCCCUUUUUAAUUCCAUUUCACUUCCCAUCCAUUUUUAACUUAAGGUGAAGGCCACUUUUGUUUUCUUGAAUUUCCACACUGGCACAGUUGAGCCAGCAGCUGCCGGUGGUGGCAUGUGUCAUUCUAACCCAACCCUCUGGUAAGGGCAAUUAUACUGUCUUAUGACACCUCUUCCUCAACUUUGUUCUCUUCUUUCCCUCCCAGCACCGGCCCCCCCACCACCCCAGCCCCGACCAACCUGCUUCAGUGACUCUCUGUUUUCCCACAAUAUGGAAUUUGGAAAAGCAAGACUAUCUCCCUCAAAUGCAGUUUGCACCUCAUUGGUUUUAUGUCUGGGCUUUAUGUAAUUUUUUACAUUCCAUUCCCAGGUGGCCCCCAUUGCCUGAAUCCCGAUCACCUGAACCUAAUGACCCAGGCCCCAGCAUCAGGUUAAAUUUUGGGGCUUGUACAAGGUGCACAGAUCUCCCCCAGAGUCGUGCUUGCCUGCCUGUCUGUGCUCCUUAUGUGUUUUCUUUCAGAGUCGGUUGUCUGUAAUUCCCACCUGUGCGGGUGGUUAAGUAAAUUCUUCAAAUGGAUGAUGCAUAAAGGACAUCUAAUCUGUUUGAUAGAUUGUAGCCAAACAGCAGAUUAUUUGGCAAACUGUGAAAUCUUAAAUAGCUUAUCGUAUUAACUUGCGUGCUUCAUUAUUGGGACUGUAUGCACGUCAGUCAAUGAUUUGGGAUCCUCCUGUCACUUAGGUUUGUCUUAGAUCUUCUAAUGUGGAAUUUUGCUUGUAUACAAUCAUGGAUCCAAGGCAUCAAUGUACUUUUGCUUGGGUACACUGUGACUAACUCUAUCAGUGUGUCUCUAUGAAACUAAUUGUAUUGUUUACUCCCCAAGGACUGGGUGGUGAAUGCAAACCUGUCUUAAUCUGUCAAGACCAUUCAUGGUACGGUUGGCUCUAACAACACUUUCUUUAUUUCUGGAAGUGGAAGCCUUCACUGGCUUUGCUCUGGAGUCAGAUUGGGCCCUGAUUCUUCACUGCAGCCUGUGCGGUGGUGCGAAGCUUCUGCUGCAGAUCAAUGUUUAAAGUCCUAGCAUACGUGCAAUUGGAUUCUGGUUUGAAUUUAACAUGGACGUUGAUAGACUUAAUUUAUUUUCCCUAUUCUAGCCACUUUGGAUGAUCAAAACCUACUUUGAAAUGGUGUGGUUGGAAGCAGAGAGUGCUCUGUGUGUAAAAUGGCCUGCUGUGGAAAGCACUAACCAGCUGGCUAGUGGAAGGGCCUAUGAAUGGAAUAAGGCUGCCCCAGUGAAGCUGGGGUUAUUCCCAAUCUCUGACAUGUACCAUCUUGAUCUGGAAGUCCUUGGUGCAGUGGUAGAGCAAGUGUUUCUCUUUCCUAGUGCUGAGAUCUCUUGUCCUCAGCAUUAAAAAUAUUUGGAUGUUGUCCCUGUUGGUUUAGGAAAUUGUGUAUAUUUUGUUCAGCUAGAACUAGAAUUAUUUUCUAACUCCCAGCAGAUCAUUUCUGCCAUCAAACUGAUUCCUAUUAGCCCUCCCUAAUGGUUUUUCUCCCCCCAAGGUCAGCCUUCUAAAGGGUCAGAUGUGGACAAUUUCUGUAGCAUGAGCAGCCCAUUUCCUUAAUUCUUCUGAUCAGCUGGUUUUAUCAAGGAGCACAGCUCCACAGGCAGUAGAUGCUCUUCAAUCCUUGCUGUAAUACGCUUGAGGUUUGGCUGCAGAACCCUUUACAAACAAUCCCAAUCCUAUCCUUGACAAACACUGCCAUGUUUAACAUGUGCAGCAGUGGCAUUUAGAUGUGGCAAGAGACAAGGCAUCUAAUACUUUUUAAGGUUUCUGCCUCAAACCCAGGGACAUUGAAGCCUGUUAUGGUUAAUUUCUCUCUCAACAAAUUGAGUGAAUAGAUCCAAGACAGCUUGAGCCCUUCAGCCACUUAUUGAACAACUCAAUAGACGAGAUGAGGAGUUUGUAGUCGAGGUUCACUGCUUAGUAUUUUGAUGAAACUUGGUAGCCUGGGGCUACUGAGAAUCAUUAAACCCCUUAUUUACCUUUUUGGUUUUUGUUUACUUGAGUAUAUUUAUUUUAGAAGUUCUAAUUAUUCAUUUUAUUUCUUUGAUGUAUAUGUGUUGGCUCAAAAUAAGCCAACAUUUGCUGCUAUUUUAUGUUGAGGUGACUUUUCAGGAGUUAAGGUGAAACACUACUUGUGAUAAUUACUCCUUUCCUACCCAUCCACCUCCCUCAUAAUCAAUACCACACUGAGAGGGAAGAGCUAAAAAUAAUGAUUUAGAUGUGCGGCAGUGGUGUGAUGCAGAACCCUGUUUGGCGGUGUAUUAUCUUCUAUCUGUCAUAAAGCCUGCCUUCAAUCAUGUGUCGCAUAAAGACAGCAGGACCAAAUUCAGUGGAAGAGGAACUUCCACUGGUGAUGUGUCAGCUCCCUUGCAUCAUUGUGUCUGAGGUCAGCUUGACAACGUUAAUAUGAAGUACCUUUCUUGUUCCCUGCAAAGCUGUAUCACUGACUCAGCGCGUAGUUCUCUGCCUUUGAAGUUUUGUUAAUAUUAAGCACGAUUUCCUGCUGGUGUUUACCUUGGCUCCUUUGUUUCAACUGCCACUCGGGACAAAAAAACACCCUGCUAUGGUAAAACCUUUGAAUCUGAUCCCCGGAUUAGCUUCCCUUCCAUCUACUUGGUUUAUUAGUUGAUCUGGCAAAGUUGAUGUUGCACCUCUUCAUUUUACACAGUAUUGUCACCUUUGGCAAUCUGUUGUAAUCUGGUAUUUCAUCCAAUUAUUCUUUCGUUAUGUGAACCAAAUUUAAGUUCUUGAAGAUCAUUUGACUGUAAAGGGCAUCACACUUGAUGUCUUGGUCCUGUUCUCACUGAAAAUCAAUUUACACACUUUCCAGAGAGCUGCACCGUUUGUUAGUCAAGGUCAUUGAGGAGGGAUUUCUUUCAUGUCUCUUUUAUUGACUUUAUGCUACAUUGGAUGGUGCCAUUUUCAGCAGGUUAUGGGCAAGCAGUUCCUGCUCAGGUCCAUCAUGUGAGCAGAAUAACUCAGUUUAAUUAAAGAAGCAAUCAAUAUGCAGCAAGUAUGAUAUUUUUUAAAAAAGCUGCUAUUCAGUUAAAGGCUGAGUACACAACUGCAUAAUAAAUGAAUUUAAAUAUAAGCCAUAUUAAAUAAACUAUUAUUGAGCUUACCAGUUGCUUAAACAAAAUGAUAUUUAAUAAGUGUCAUCUUUUUAAAAUUAGGAUGCAAUAUUUUCUCAAAUAUUUAUCUGUUCCACGUGUUUAAAAUCUGAAGUCUGGCCUGACUGGAUUGUGAAAGUUGUAUUGAAUUAAUGGUCUUGUUGUGCUGUAUUUAUUGGUCUCAGCAGAUUAUUUACAAUUGUAACAUGGCUGUACAAUCAGUGUGACAUUGCUAGCUUUUAUGUUACCUCCAGGGGUAAGAUUGAGUCUGCACAGAGCUGCAAAUCCUUCCAAAACUAAUACCCUGAUGGGAGUACACCUCUCUAGUGCCAUUAACAGAGACUGAACAUUUCUGAAACAAUCGGAAUUGCCAAGGGUUUGGUUUUGCACCUGGGUACAGCCUAAUUUAGGGUGCACAGUGCAGGUAUAUGCGAUUUACAUUGAUGUAAGCUGAGACCAACCUAUAAAAUCAGCUGUUCCAAGUGAGUGACUUUAAGGGUCUAUGUUUGUCACACACCAGGUUAGAAUUCAUCACAUGGAAUGUUAACAGACCAGUACUGCUUCUGGAGGAAUUAUUGGUGUUGGGAUAUGCAUGAUGGUAUUCUUACCUUGUUGGUUUUAGACCUCCAGAAUUGUACACUCAGUUUUUUUUCUUCUCCCCUUGAAUGUGCCCCUCAAUAAAAUUAUGGGA